UUAUAUUAUUUUACAGGUUCUUCAUCCUUUUGCCCUCACUCCCUAUAAUUCUCACCGGCGACAAAGCAGAUUCUCCUCUAGGGCACUUCUCACGCACCACGUUGCCCCUUAACAAAAGUCGCGUGCGUUCUUCUCUCCUCCUCCUCUGUUUCUCCUUGCCGUUCUGUUUCUUCGUCAAAAAGCCAUCGUAUUUGUCCCCGAAUCAUCAUCCACCCAAUCUUCGAUCUUCAGCCGGCAAUGCACGCCGGCCGAAUCCAAAAGGGGCGAUCCGAUCUGGUUUAAAGCAGAUUUAUUGGGCUCAAGAUGAUGGAGGAACGACGGAGAUAUGCAGGUCCGGCGCUGAUGGUGCUGUUGAUGGCGAUGGUAGCUUGGGCGGCCGUGGAAGGUGAUGCGGCGCCUGGGGUGGAUGGAGGGAAACGCAACGCAUAUGCGGCGAUGAUGUAUAUGGGCACACCGAGAGACUACGAGUUUUAUGUAGCGACCAGGGUGAUGAUGAGAUCACUUGUGAAGCUUAAGGUCGAUGCCGAUCUUGUCGUCAUUGCUUCCGUUGAUGUGCCAAUAGAAUGGGUUCAGACUCUGAAGAAGGAUGGGGUGAAAGUGGUAGCAGUAGAGAACUUAAAGAAUCCAUAUGAGCAGCAGAAGAACUUUAAUGUUCGAUUCAAACUAACGCUAAAUAAGCUUUAUGCAUGGAGUUUAGUAGAUUAUGACCGAGUUGUUAUGUUGGAUUCUGAUAAUUUAUUCCUUCAAAAAACUGAUGAGCUUUUCCAGUGUGGUCAGUUUUGUGCUGUCUUCAUCAAUCCGUGUAUAUUCCACACUGGUCUCUUUGUCCUCCAGCCUUCUCUGGAGGUUUUUAAGGACAUGCUUCAUGAGUUAGAAGUAGUGCGGAGCAAUCCAGACGGUGCAGACCAGGGUUUCCUUGCCAGUUACUUCCCAGAUCUGCUUGACAAGCCUAUGUUCCAUCCACCUGUCAAUGGUACAAAGCUUGAUGGAACCUAUCGUCUUCCUUUGGGAUAUCAGAUGGAUGCUUCCUAUUACUAUCUCAAGCUGCGUUGGAGCAUUCCAUGUGGACCUAACAGCGUUAUAACAUUUCCCAGCGCACCAUGGCUCAAACCUUGGUAUUGGUGGUCUUGGCCAGUCCUACCUUUGGGGCUUUCCUGGCACGAGCAGCGGCGGGAGAACGUCGGGUACAGCACAGAGCUUCCUGUCUUGCUCAUCCAAGCUGCAGUAUACCUUGGGAUCAUCGCCGUGACACGGUUAGCCCGUCCGAAUCUGUCGAAGCUUUGCUAUAAUCGAAGGCCAGAGAAGAGCGUUGUCUUCCUCCACUCCAUACUCAAGGCGGCAGUUGCAUGGUCCUUACUAGCUACAUACACUGUACCCUUCUUUCUCAUCCCGAGAACGGUUCACCCUGUUCUCGGUUGGUCGGUUUACAUGCUCGGUGUCGCCGCUCUGGCUUCCAUUGCGAUCAACUCAUUUCUUCUCUCGCCGCUCUCAGUCUUAACGCCAUGGCUUGCGAUAUUGGGAGCUCUCGGGGUGAUGGCUUAUCCUUGGUACUCUGAUGGUGUUGUGAGGGCGUUGGCUGUUUUCGCGUAUUCCUUCUGCUGCGCUCCUGUAGUGUGGAUGCAGUUGAUGAGGAUGAUGAGCAGCCUGCAGAUGCUGCUGGAACGGGAGGCCUUCUUCCCUAUUUUGGGCGAAACUACUCUGAUGUCUGGAUUUAACAAACUAUAUUGAGAGACUUAUGGGGGGCAAAAAAAGAGGUUUUUAUGGAAUUUUAAGUGCUGCAGCCACGUUUUGUUGAGGCAAUUGGCAGUACGAAGGCUGAGUUUUUUGCUGCUGUUGCUUCCUGCUUUGAAUUAGAAGGAUUGGUAGUUGUGAAGUUGGGAAGCAUGUAUGUAAAGGUGGCAUCUUGAUUUGAGGCACUAUUCGCCUUUCAUUAUGCUGCUUAUAUAAAUCAAGCUCUGCUCGUGGGAUAUUAUCAGGCUCGAAAAGGUUAGGAUUAAAUAUUUAUGUAUUUAUGA